UGUCACUGAUAAAAGUAGGAGGGACACUAAAUGUUAUUAGUUAGAAUACUUUCACCAUUGAAUCAUACUUCGGUCUAUGAGCUGUAACUGAAAAUAAAUGGUUUAUUUGAUCUAAGGUUUGUAGGCGUGCAAGUGUAAAUCAUUUUGUGGCUUUGAUCUUUAACAUAAAUUGUAGAGUUUAUAUUUUGUGAUGUUUGCCAGUGAAAUACGGAUAUGUUAUUUGUGAAAUAGGACUUGGGUGAACAGGGGACUUAGAUUUGAUUAUUCUGUUGUGAUUAAGUGACAGUUUGUGUAUUUGAGACUUAAAUAGUCACUACGAGGACUAAUUGGGACAUUUAUCUUCUAGACUUAAAUUGGAAGCAAGUAAACAAGCAAAACAAGAAGAGUUAGUGCCCCUGAAUCAUCUCCCUAUACAAGAAAUAAGUCUGGGGGAUUGAAACUUUACCACUAGAGUGAAACGAAGUGCGAUCGAGUCAUUAAAAGCAAAAGCAAGAUUUAAGCAGAUCAUAAUAUUCCAUUGCUGUGCCAUCAACCAUGAUCUUCGCGGCCAGUUUACUAUGUCUGGCUGCUCUGACCAGUGUCCAAGGGCGUGGAGGAUCCCCACCAAAGAUCUCCAUACCCCAGGGUAACAACUGGCCAAAGUCUUUUGAGUAUAUACGUAAAGGAAACAAAGAGACCUUUGAAUGCGUGGCGGUUGGUCCAGGUCCACUGAAGUAUGAAUGGCGAUAUAAUGGACAACGUAUAAGUGCGAGGCCAGAAGAGGUUCGCUUUGAUGAGAACGCUGGUAGUCUGUUUAUUGGCGAGUACUUUAAUGAGCAGCUGACAGGAGACUACCAAUGUGUUGUGAGCAACGCCUAUGGGACUGCAAUGACGCCAUAUUUGACCAUCUCCGCCACAGUGGCGUAUGCAUUCCCUGGGGGUGAAAACACAUUUGCAAAGAACGUUGAAGCGUAUGCGACAAACUACUUCACGAUGGACUGUGAAAACAUUCCCCGCAGUGUCCCGCAAUGGACGUUUGAUUGGCAGAGAGGAAUAAUGGUUGGUAACACACUAUCGGAUACAAGUCGUGUGCCAGUAGGUGAAAGAAUGGUCAUCGACCCUAAAGGGACCUUACAUUUUCUGUGGGUCGAGUCGUCCGACAAUGGCUACAUAUACGCAUGUGAAACCAAAAACGAGAUCAUUCUUAUGGACGUGAGGAACACUCAGACGUUUAAACUGAACGUGAUGACUGGUUCAGGUAAAGACCGAUCUCCAGAGUUGAAGUACAACGGGGAUGUGACGGUUGAAGCAGGGCAGAGGGCUAAACUCACAUGUAUAUUUACCUACUACUCUGCAAGAGGUGAAAAACUCCAGAUUGACUGGAUCUUUCAGAACAAGAAGGUGGGAGAGGGUACAACCCUGGUGAUAGAGAACGUUAAGAUUCCUGAUGCCUUACAGAAUCAGGAGGGACAGUACAUGUGCGAGGCCCGGCUUGGCAAUAUGCAGCCUGUGAGAGGCACCGUGACACUGAAGAUUAUUGCUCCCCCAGAGUUUGUGCCCGGCAAGGCCCCCCAAUUGACGUCAGUACCCGUGGAAAAGAACGCGGAUUUCCACUGCAGCGCAUCGUCACACAACUCCCACAUGCAGCCACCGGUCUGGAUGGUGAAUGGAGUGCCACUGAUAGGUUGCCCACCGAACUACUUCGACUGUGAUGUCAUGAAAACGGACGGCUUUUCCGAGUGCAUCCCUGAGAAACAAGUGUGCGAUAACAACCCUGACUGUUCAAAUGAAGCGGACGAAAAAAAAUGCCAAGAGACUACAUGUGCGGAGGGACUUAAGGUGUGCAACGAUAAGUGUGUCAACAAGGACGCCGAGUGUUUGAGCGACAGUAGCGUGUGUUCCUUCCCAGGGUGGAGUUGUGAUCGGGGCAAAAAAUGUCUCGUGGAAGGAAAGAGAUGUGAUGGCACUAAGGAUUGUACAGAUGGGUCAGAUGAAAAGGGAUGUCCCAAUCUGGACACAAUUCAGCGUGGCAGGUUUCAGAUUAACAGCCAGCAAACAGAACUGGUUCUACCCCAGGUGACGCUCGAUGAUGCCAUGUGCUUCCAGUGUGUUGUGGAGAAUGAGCAUGGUUACCUAUUCGGAGACGGAUGUCUUACUGUUAUUGAUAAAAUUGAUCUGUUUUUGCCACCCAACGACACAUACCACGUAAAACCAGACAUGGUGAUCAAUAUUGGAGUUGAUGCCGUAACGGACAAGGAUUGGAUGAAUCAGAUGGACUUCACCUGGUAUUGGUUUGAACCAGUCAAAGACAAGGAAACUGGAAACACUAUUUAUGUGAAGAAGACGUUACCCCCAACAGGCCCAUUCAGGAGCUAUUUCUCACUGUCACUUUCUAACAAGAAUCUGACAAUUGUAAUUCCGAAAAUCGACACCAAGAAUGAGAAGCAGGAUGCCAGAAUGUACGAGAUCUAUGACAUGAUGACGGACUAUCGACUAUUUCAGCUGGAAGUUAGCCACAAAUACGACUCGGAUGUCAGAAACUUUACAAUCAUAGGAGAAAAAGUAGAAAAACCAAUUAUCAAGCCAGUGGUGACGACGGCAAGUUUCAACUUGUGGUUCAUUGCGUUGAUUCUCGCCAUUCUCAUUCUGUUCAUCGUUAUCGCGCUCAUCGUUUGCUACAUGCAUCGCAAUAGAGGAGGAACAUAUCUCUUGGAUAAAAAGGAGAAGCAGGCCGGUAAUGACCCUGAGGAGGAACUCAAACAUGAUGGAUUCCAUGAUGUUGGUAGAAUAGAUGAUGAUGACUACAACGACAACCCUGACGAGAAAGUCUCAUUAUCGGAGAGCGUCAAACCGUACGAAUCAGACGAAGACAUAACCGAGGAAUACGGAGGCGAUUUUGACGUCAGCAAAUUUAACGAGGAUGGGUCGUUCAUAGGUUUAUAUGGGGACAAAAAAAGUAAAUAUGCCACAGAAUCAAAGGAGGCAACAGUGUAGCGGGUUGUUUCCGACUUAUCAUUAUAGGUUUAACAAAUUAAUUUUUUUUACAUCUACUUUUAUUUUAAAAAUCAUGUCAUCAUUUGUAUAAUUUCAAUGUUGAUUGGACCAAUUAUGAAGUAUGUGCAGCGUUCUCUUUAUGCUUUAUAUGGUGUUUAUGAAAUCAUUCAUUCAAACUGUAUUAUAAGCUUUGGUCUAUCGGUGAAAAGCAAUACUUAUUUUAGUUCUUUAAGUUCAAGUUAUGGUUUAUAGAUGUAUUUUUAUAUGUUGGUAACACUGUUGAUUUUCAUUAAAAAAAUAUUUGUGUUUUUUAUUAAAAACAGUAAAUGCUUUCGGUUCGAUACUUUGUAGUGACUAUUAGAAUUAGAUAUAUGUUAGAAAUAUUGUUUUUACCUUAGUUUUGAAGAAAAAAGUCAAGGUAUUGUUAUAGCCUUUGGUGUUGUUUAAAUUGUCAGCGUACAAAACAACCUUUAACAUUUGACUUGACACAAAAAACGUUUAAGAUAUUUAAUCCAACAAGCACAUGUGUAGCAAGGCCCAUAACUCUGACUUAAAGUUAUACUCCCUUUUUUAACUGAACAAAAGAACAGACGAGCGAUGAUGUCUGCUUUGUAGCACUUUUGUUUAUGUCAAGUAAUAUAUGAAUACCUUUACAAUGUUUAUUACUGGUAGUUACAUUAGUACUGUAUUUACAUUUUGUUUAAAUAUUUCAAUUUAUAGGAACCGAUAAUUUAACUAUUUGCCUGUAACAUAUUAUUUUAUAACUUCAUAUAAUGCCAUGCAACAAUAUGUUACUGAUGUUCACUGAAAAACCCCAGAUGUAUUUGAAAAUAUAUUUGUCAUUAUAAACUGUUCACUUCUGCUUUUAGAAGUUAUAACAAGCUUGUGUGUUUAGCACUCCGGAUAUUAUGUAACGUUUUACAUGUGAACUAUUUUAUGUUGUAUUUUAUGUUUUUAUCUCAUAUAUUUGUUUAAGGGCAUUUGCAGAUAACUCUACUGGGAAUUUUAUGACAUUGUUGUUUUUUUCCAUUCCUAUUCAAUUGAUAAAUUUACCCAAAUGAAUAGGGUUAGAAUAUUGGAAGAGAACACUUUGUGUAUGAAAUUGCUACAUGUAUAAAUCUACAAGUAAUAAAUAGUUUAUAUGGUGUUUCUCGACUGACUCACAAAAAUACUCUUGACCCAAAUUAGUUUUUAGCCUUUCUGGUGGGUAUAUUUUUUAGUUUUUAUUACGGCGAAUUAACUUCUUAGGAAGGAGAAAAACAACAAAAAUCCUACGUUAACCAUACUAAUAACUGUCAGUAGCUAAAUCACAAACAAAUUAUUUAUUAAUGAUGGCCUUACUGUUGCUGUAAAAUUAACCUGGUGGGCAUGUGGCUUAAAGAAAUAGAGAGGGGAGGGGGGGCACCCCGUGUAUUGUGAAAUAGAGAUGGGGGGAGUUGUAAUGAUCCCAGCCUGUCUUUGAUGUUAAAGGCAUAUUUCAUGGGUGAUUGUUUUGAAACAUUUCUCAUGAUAGUUAAUAGGUAUAACACUUAUUAUUGCCAUAAAACAUUCAUUGAUUAAUUCUAUUCAGUUUAUUCAUUAAUUCCAUUCAUUCCUUUGUUCGUUCGUUCGUUCAUUUGUUCGUUCAUUCGUUCCUUCUUUCGUUCAUCCAUCCAUUCAUUCAUUCAUUGACUGAUAAAUUCAUUAAAUUUAAAGAAUGUUUCUUCCAUGAAGAAAAGAAAACAACAUUUUGCACUCUAAAACAAUUUCUCUAAAUUAUUUCUUGAAUCAGUUGUUGAAAUGUAAUAAAGUAUCUCAGAAUUCAAUACACCUGCAUCUUUUACAUUCCAAACCUAACUGCAAGGCUUGUCCAACAUAUAUCCAUGUGAUCAAUAUUUCAAGACUCACACAUGAACUGAACAUGCAGAGGUAUCAAAUCCCUGUGCUUAUACAGCAUGAUCAUAUUAUUACAUGAAGUCAUUGAAGUUAUGUUUUCUAAAAAGUUCUUUUAACAAAAUGCUUGAUUACAAUAGGAAAAAGUGUGAAAAUCUUAAAGUACAUUUUUUUUUCUUUUAUUAAUUGAAAUUUCACUUUAGUAAAACUUUGACCGGACUGUUUUUUUAAUAUACUAAGAUUUUUAUGUGCAAAAGAAAGUGACUGAACUAUACAACAACAAUUAGUUAGAUGUACUGCAUAAAUGAAUUACAAACUAAUCCAAGUGCCAUGGAAUUCUAUUUUUGUUCUUUUACACUCACUAUUCGUAUUGAUGCCUUGAAGUGUUGUCACCAUUGUUUAAAUGUCAUACAAGUAAUGCAACAAUGUUAAUUGAUCUUCAUUUGUAAAGUACAUUUAUAUGAUGCUAUGGUUUUAUUGAUGUAUAUUUCUGUGUAUGUAUUAAGUGCUUAUUUUGUACAUUAUUCUAAGAGCAUAAUUUUAAUAUAUAUAUAAGAAAUAUAACAACAUAACAUAUGUACAUAGUUAGCUCAUGCAACUUAUUAGCUCUUCAAUUUUUUCGAAGGAAAAGAGUUGAUGCAUUGUCGUAGCCUUGGUGUUGUCGCCUGCGACAGCUUUCAGCAAUCCAAAUGUUUACCAUAGCCAUUUACUCGAAAACUGUUCAAUAUAUUCAAAUAUUCAAACAUAUGAAUUUGGGUACACAUUUUGCCAGUGACAAUACACAUGUUUAUCAAGAACCAUAACUCUUGCUUUAGUAAUGGUGGAAUGUUCUCCCUUGUAUUACUGAGUAACAAUAAACAGACGAGCAAUCGCGUUGGAUACGCGAAGCUCUUGUUAUGAUUUUAUCAUACAUGAAUUUUAGUUUUGCCAUUAGAACUAUUACAUGUUAAAUACAUGAAAUGUAUAUUUUUUUAAGAUAUGUUAUAAUAUUUAGUAGCUGAAGUGUGAGUUGUGUCAUAGAUACUUAUUUUACUGUUCUUGGUUGUAGACAUUUUUGAUAAAGUCUUCAUUUUAUAACAAAUGUAUGUGUAUUGUUUUCAUGGUUGUGUUGUUAUCAGUUUUGUAAUUAACAUGGAGCUUGAUUUGAAUGAACAAUUUCAAGCUAAGCUGUUUCUUUAAAGAAAAAAUGUAGAAAGUAAUUUUAAAGCCUUAGUCAUAGGCAUGCACAUUUUUCAGCCUUGGCCUUUAAUAUAAAAACAUUAAAGGUAUUUUAAUUUAGCUUGGUAGGCAUGUUGCCAGAAACAUGUUCAGCAAGGCACUUAACUCUGGCUUAUAUAAUUAUACAGUUAUGCCUGAAACUCCACAGAUGAGCAGCAUUCAGAUUUAGACUUCAAUAUGAAUUAUUUUACGAUCUUCAAAACUUGUGGAUUUAUAAUAAUUGAUUUUUUUAAAGAGGACAGAAUUAUAAUAUGGAAAGUGAACCGAGUUCUCUUUAUUCAUUGGAACUUUGAUGUAUAUUUGGAACUCUCAUAUAUAAUUACAAGAGAAGUUGUAUAAUAUGGAUUUAAUAAGAUGUCCCGGCGAAAACAAGCGCUCAAAUAUUUGGUUAUGGCUGAUGAUGUUGUUUGUAGCAAGAAGAGUGUAAUCUAAAAAUGUUGUUAACGUAUUACUGUUAAACCAGAAAUAAAUUAAUACAGGACGUUCUGUGUAUUGAGUAUUUGAUAUAAAAUGGAGUCCAGUAUGGAUAUUUUUAAGGUAAAAGUCAGUAUCAUUGAUCUGUGAUUUAAAAUAUAACAUUGGUGGUUUUUGAUGAUUGUUGUAUUUUUGUUGUAAACUACCUACAUGUUUUACAUAAACUCAUACACUGUGUAGUUAAAAAGUUGAAGAAGUGUUUGGUACCCAAUUUGCAGUUAGUAAAACAUACAUGCUUAUUCAGAAGUACAUGCAAUCUUAGCGUCAAAAAUAAUAACACUUUUGGCUAAAAUAGCCCAAAUUUUUACACAGGUGCAUAUAGCAUCAAAAAAAUAAAACUUUUUAUAAUUUAUAAAACCAAGAAUUUAGGUAAAGAAGAAAGUCAUUUUACUAGUGGAGGGCUUUUUAGCUAAUGCUACCUUGGACCACUGUUUUUCAACUGAACAUUCAUAAACAAACAAAAAACAACAAUUAAUUCAAUUACAAUCAUGUACAUGUAGGUAUUCAAUACAAGUAGUCUGUCCCCAAUGUUCAUGUUGUUUACUUCAUCAGGUGUAUAUUCUAUGUUUACAUUUUACAUUGAAUGUACAUAAAUACUAACCAUGAAAAUUGUAGAUAUUUUUGUACAGUGUUUGAGUGUAAAGAGGAUUCACUUUCCUUGGCAUUUCAGUAAUUCAUCCAUGCUCUGUUGCUUGUAAGAUUGUUAGUAAUGUCAAGUAACUUAA